GGGGUUUCAACCACAUGUCCCCAUUCAACAUGUUCAAAUCAGGCAUUGAUCGUCGAAAAGGGGGUUCCAACCCCAAGAACCCCCUCCCCUGAAUCUGCCACUGUAAACAUAUUGCAGUUAAGUACAAUUUCCAACAUCCAAUGGAUUUAGUGUAAAGAGGUAAUAAACAGUGACAAAGAAAAACAUGACCUUGUGCAAUGCCACAAUACUGAGCAAAAUACAGAUCAGUCUCUUCCUAAUUUACAAACACAUGUACAGCAUAUAACAUGUAUAUCAGAAUGUACAGACGAUAUAAAGAAAAUACAGGUGAAUUUUGGGACAUCAGUAUUAAAGCUUAAUAAAAAGAAAUUCAAAGGAACAACUUUGUUUGGUCUCAUGAUAAAUGAUACAAAGAAACUGCUGAAGUUCUGGCUCGACACUGGAGAAUUCUUAAAAGACAGGGAAAGAUAUGUUCAAGAAUCCUCUUCUAGUGGUGAGCAAUCAGAAGGAGAGGAUGAGUAUUACAAUGAGCCGGUCCAGAACAUUGAUAACCUUUCAAAUGAAGACAACCCCUUUGUUACACAACUGUCACAAAUUUUACCAGAAAGAGCUAUCAGUAUAAAACAUUUGGAAGUUCAACAUGCUGUAGACAAUUUUUCUCAAGAAUCAAAAAAAAAGGAUGAAAGCUUAACUGAUGAGUCCACAAGGUUGAACAGAAGACAGUUAAUGAAAAGUAUUAGUUUAAAGGCAAUUGGGCUCAAAUUCCUAGACAUAUUUAAUUUAAAAGAUCCACCAGAAAGGUUCAAAGUCAGAGAAGCUGAUGAAAACUUUGUUGAAAAAAUAGCGAAAGUAAUGGUUGAAAAAAAUUCUGUAAGUGUUGAUAAUGCUCCAAAUAUAAUUGGCCUUAUUGACAUAAAUAAGGUUGAUUAUAAAGAAGAAAACUUUUCUAAAUAUGAGGUAUAUAUAGUGGAUGGGAACCACAGUAUUAAAGCACAAAAAGAGGCAUACAUACAGACAAAAGACGAACUGUUCAGGCAUCGUGGAGUUUUCGUAUACUGUGGUUUAACAGAAAAUGAAGCAAUUCUGCUUGGAAUCAGCAGAAAUGAGGAUACUGAAUCGUUUGUGAAGUUCUCUGAUUUUCAGAAGGUUGAUGUAUUAAGGCGUCGAUUGUAUUCCAUGACAGGUACACCAGCCCACGCUGAUCCACCUACAGUUCCUAAAGAAUUUAAGGAUGUAUUUAUCACUCUACUUAACUUGCAAAGUAAAAAAGAAGUAGACAACAAAAGCAUGCUGAGGUUCCUUGCAACUGGACUUUCCUAUCAAUGCUAUGAACUGUAUAAGAAUAUAUGCUCAAAAAGCACUGGAAAGGUUCAGGCAUCAAAAUUUGAUGGAAUAAAGGGUUUGAAGAAAGAAGAUGCAUUAUUUUGUCUCAUCAAUCUCUCAAGUAGCAACCUUCAAAGAAAAGAUUGGCAGAAAUUUAACUACUUGUGUCAAAGCAAGCAAUCAAAGCCAAAAAAGUUGAGGAAAGAUGUAACACUAAAUAUAAAGUUCCAAACAAAGUGUACUCAGGGUUUUGUUGGACAGAAACAACUUGCAGGGAAUUACACCUGGUUUCAUUUCACUGAUUGUAAUAACAAGCAGAUUCGCUUAACUGAUAAAGAAAUGGAAAGGCUGGUGUUUUCAUCAAAAGACAAGAGGCUUCCUAUUUCUUCAACUCCAAAUUUGGAUGAUGAACAAGAUUUUUUGGAUAGAUUCUCAUCUCAAAGAAGCAGUGACCUUGAUUCACAUGAUUCAACAGAUCAAUUUUUGACAGGAGCAGAAUGUGCAGCUACAACUUCGUUUCCGGGAACUACAAGUUUUUCAUCUAAUGGUAGCAAAAGUUCCCUGGGUAUAUCAUUUUCAAUGAAACUAAGUGGGUUUUUACAUCACAUGGCUGAUUCAGAUGCUGUUUUAAGAGCAGAAUCAGGAAUGUCCUUAAUUGAAGAGGAAGAAGUGGAGGCAAAGCCAGAACAGUUGAUCAGUUAUACUGAUGUGUUGUUGUGUCCAGAAACACAAACUGCAGCAGAGCCAUACUUUAGUACAGAUGCAUGGCAGCUUGUUUUAAAUACUCUCAAAGUAUUAGAAGAUAUGUAUAUUGUUAACACUCAGAAGAAAUAUGAUAUGAUUUCUCCAUCUCGGACAAGAAAAGGCAAAGCUUUAAUAGGAUCAGCUAAAGGAAGAAUAUUUAAAAAGUGUUUAAAAAAGAAAUCAGUCCAGAUUGAUUCAGGAAAAAGAAAUGUAUAUUCCUUCACAAGUGAAGACAGUUCUCCACUAAAAGCAAUGGAAGGAAAAACAGAAAAAAAUUCCUCAACAAGUGACAGAUCUCCAUUAAAAGCAACAGAUGGGAGAAGAAAUUUGAAUAUUUUACCAAGUGCGGAAAGUUCUCCAGUAAAACCAACAUAUGAUUUAAAUGAUGCUAUAGAUGUGUGCCCAAUUUUAGAAAAGACCAGUGAAAUUACUGGAGACGGUGAAAAGAUAAGUGAAACUACUGGACAAGGUGAAAAGAUUAGUGAAACUACUGGACAAGGUGAAAAGAUUAGUGAAACUACUGGACAAAAUGAAAAGAUAAGUGAAACUACUGGACAAGGUGAAAAGAUUAGUGAAACUACUGGACAUGGUGAAAAGAUUAGUGAAACUACUGGACAUGGUGAAAAGAUUAGUGAAACUACUAGACAAAAUGAAAAGAUUAGUGAAACUACUGGACAAGGUGAAAAGAUUAGUGAAACUACUGGACAAGGUGAAAAGAUUAGUGAAACUACUGGACAAAAUGAAAAAAAUAGUGAAACUACUGGACAAGGCGAAAAGAUUAGUGAAACUACUGGACAAUGUGAAAAGAUUAGUGAAAUAACUGGAGAUAGUGAAAAGAUAGGUGAAACUUCUGGACAAGGUGGAAAGAUUGGUGAAACUACUGAAAAUGGAAGAAAACGAACAAGUUGUUCUUCAAAAAAUGAAAAAGUGGAUGCAACAGAAUCAAAGAAGUGCACAGUAAGACUGACUGAUAUUGGUACUAUUAAAAACUUGAAAACAUAUGUUGAUAAGACAGAGAAAAAAAGAAAAAGAAGAAAGAUAUGUCUAAAGAACUUGUAAAAUAAUAUAUGUAAUAUGUUAAGUUUUAAAUAAGUUCAUCUGAUAUGAAACAACAAAUUCAGGAUACUUUGUGUCAUAUUUCAAAUAAGUUGAAUGGAUGUCUACUUUUAUGAUAAAACUAUGAUAUUUCAAAAAGUUGUUAAUAUUUUUUUGUCUAAUUUAUGAAAAUCAGUAAUAGAAUAAGGAAAAAAGUGUUAAUAUAUUAAAAUAUAACAAAAUCCCUUCGAAGAAAAUCUUGACCUUUAGCUUAGUCAUGCAGUUCUAUGACAGCAAAACUUGUUUUAUGUACAAGUAGCAACUUAAAUAUAAGUAUGACCAAAUGCUAGGCAAAUAAUAGAAAUCAGGAAAGAGAACACAUUGUUGUGUAUUAAUUCUGUGGAACUUGCGAUUAUUUAUCUAAAGUUUUUCAAUAGUGUUAAUGUAUGUCAUGUCUGCAAAUUUUCUACACUAAUAUUUUUAAUGUUAAAUUUUUUUUCCAUCAAGUAAAUGAGUCUGCAAUACAAACAAAAGAGUGUAUUGCACAGUUCUUUCCAUUAAGGUCAUGUGUAUUCAUUUAUGCACAAAAAAGUCAUAACUAUAAGUAUUGUUUUUAUCACUGUGUAAUAUUUACCCUCCUAUAUCUAGUAUAUUGGCCAAGAAACUUGAGAAAAAAGUUCAAAUUCUGUAAAGUUUUGCUAAAGCCCGAUCUUUUCAGCAAGAAAUUAUUAUUAUAUAUAUAAAGAAGUUCAAGUCAAAUAUGAACUUGAUUUUUUACAUUAUACUAUAUAUAGAUAUAAUACUUUUACUUAAUCAUGCUGCUCGGAUAUACAAGUUGUCCAAUUAUUGAAUUGAAUAAAAGACAAAUAUUGGUGUGUAACGAUCUUCAUACUGUUAGCGUUCAGCCAGGAUGAAGCGGUUAUGCUCCAAUUGGAUUGAGUUAUUAUAGUUAUAAAAAAAGGAAGUGCAUUCUAGAUUCAUUGAUAGAGAUGGAAUCUCACAGUUAAUUUUUGUUAUGAUUCGAGGAUAAUGAUAGAUAAAUAAAGUCUAUCUUGUGACUUUAAUAUUUUAUUGUUCUUGUUUGCUUAAACAAUCUUCUUAAACAAUAUGUUAAGUUUUUUUUUAAUAAAUUGUGUGUCUUUAUUUAUUCUGUUACAUUAUCAGCUUUUUUGUGAACCUUCAGAAUUUGUGGAUAAUCUUGUGCAACAUAAAUGUAAAAAUAUUCAUGCAUCAUGCAUCUUUAAUUUUCUUUUUCUUUGCAUAAUAUGUACCAUAAUGUAUAUAGAGAUAAUCUUUUUACCUAAUCAUUCUGCUCGGAUAUACAAGUUGUCAAAUUAUUGAAUUGAAUAAAAGACAAAUAUUGGUGUGUAACGAUCUUCAUACUGUUAGCGUUCAGCCAGGAUGAAGAGGUUAUGCUCCAAAUCGUCUCUUGUUGAUUAUUGAUUAACCCUUAAGGGUAAAGACCAAAUGUUUGGACAUUCAAAGAGUGUUUUGAAAACAAUAUCCACAUGAUUGUCUGAAGGUUUGCUAUGGUGUAGAAGCAUCUUGAAAACAUAUCUGCUUUUAUCCUUUUUCCUUUUUGGGGUGGGUAAGAAUAUAAUUCUUAAUAGGGAACUAUAAUUAAAUAGUUGGGAAAAAAGGAAAAAGGAUAUCGCAAUUCUAUCAUGAAUAAGCUAAUUCUUCAUUUAAACUUUGGUCAUGAUGGUGAACCCAGUGUGGUUACCAUUGCGCCCCAGGCCAAAGUUAAUUUAGCACUAAAAAGGAGUGAGUUUUUAUUAGAUGUUGUUAAUAAUUAUAUGCAAAUGCAAAAUGAAAAUGAUAUUGUAGAAAUAGAAAUUAUUUUAUCAGAGUAUAAUCACAAUUUUACAUUAGGCUUUUUAUUUAAACAAUUAUUAAAUGACAAUAAUGAAGUAAAAAGAUGUAGAGAGGGCAAAACAGGUCAUCUUGUUCCACUGAUUGAAAAGUUCAAACUUGAAACAGACUUUGUUAAACUGCUUCUGCCACGAAAAAUCAGAGCAAAAAAUGCUGUUGCCAUUCAUUCACUUUAUAUCAAACCAAUGUAUCGUUCUGUCAUUAAUGAGUUUUAUUUACUUAAUUUACAUGGAGUAAAUUCACAGGGACAUAUAAGUGCAGAAGAUUUUAUGAGGUUAUUGCACGAACUUAAAACCUGUCAUGCUCAUUAUUUGGUGCACAUUUUACCAGUUUGCAUUUGUUUGAGAUGCACUGAAUAUAGACAUGAAAGACUUAAUCAACUUUCAGAAUGUACCUAUGCAACACCUUACCAUGGUCCUAUUACAAAUAGCCCUUUCCGUAAUUUACCAGUAGGACAACAACAAUUAACAGGUGGCAGACCUGGAUAAUGUUAUUCUGUUAUUCCAUAGUAUUACAUCUUUCACAUUGUUAUUUGUUUAUUAUGCUAAUAAAUGAUUAGUACACAAUUGAA